CGCACCUCAGUUCGUUUCAAUUUGAUUCAAUUCCGCUUGCUAACAUCGGAGUAAUCCCGCCUGCUGCUCGACUACCCGCUGCUACCCAGAACUGCCCAACACCCUGAGUCGGCAUAAUCCAUCUAUGGAAUUGGAUGACUGGGAACCUAGUGCGCAUGAGCUUGAUUCUCUGGAGCAAGAUGCCCUGAAACAAAUCGCCGAGCGCAACUCGUCGUCUUAUUCUGCUACCACCUCUGUCCAGCAUACUCAGAAAGGUGCUCAAUCUCAACCAUCUAGAAUAACGACUACAGUUGGGUCAACUAAAACAGCUGGGCACCAUGAAGAUAAUUUGUUAAGAAAGCCACAAAAACGUUUUGUUAAACUUUUUCUCCAUGCAAGUGGUAAUAUAGCUGCAAGAUUCCUGUUUGAUCAGCAACUUGUUGAUGCCUUCCGCAAAAUACCUAAAGCUGGUUGGAAUGCAAAAGAAAGAUUGUGGAUGUUUCCUCUGUCAUCGUUGUCAUCUGCAGAAAAAGUCCUAAAUGAAAUUUCUAGCUUAAACGUGGAGAUUGAGAGCUUAGAUCCGUUGGUGCGGCGUGCUAUUGCUGCAGCCAAUAAAGUUUGUGAUAUUCAAGAUCGCUAUGAAUACAUUCCCGAAGGCAUUGAAAAAAAGCUAAUGCCUUUUCAGCGUGAUGGUGUACGAUUUGCCUUGCAACAUGGUGCUCGUGUCUUUCUAGCUGAUGAAAUGGGACUUGGAAAGACACUUCAGGCCAUUGCUGUAAGUUGUUGUAUCCGUGAAUCAUGGCCUGUUCUUAUUAUUACUCCAUCUUCCUUGCGUUUGCAUUGGGCUUCUAUGAUUCAACAGUGGCUUGAUAUUUCACCUUCUGAUAUACUUGUGGUUUUAUCCCAAUCAAGUGGUUCAAAUAGGGCAGGAUUCAAAGUGGUGCCAUCUAAUGCAAAGAGAUCUAUCCAACUUGAUGGUCUCUUUAAUAUAAUUUCCUAUGAUAUUGUUCCUAAGCUAAAGGAUACCUUAAUGGCAUCAGAAUUCAAGGUAGUUAUUGCUGAUGAAUCACACUUUUUGAAGAAUGCCCAGGCUAAACGAACCAAUGCAUCACUUCCUAUAAUGCAGCCAAAUAUUUUGAUACUUCUUAGUGGAACUCCUGCUUUGUCAAGACCAAUUGAGCUUUUUAAACAGCUGGAGGCCCUGUUUCCUGAUGUUUACAAAAAUGUUCACGAGUACGGUAACCGUUAUUGCAAGGGUGGAUUUUUUGGAGUUUAUCAAGGUGCCAGUAAUCACGACGAGCUGCACAACUUGAUGAAAGCAACUGUAAUGAUUCGCAGGUUAAAAAAGGAUGUCCUCCCACAGCUUCCUGUUAAGCGCAGACAACAGGUUUUCUUAAACUUGGAAGAAAAGGAGAUGAAGUCUAUCAACGCUUUAUUCCGUGAGUUGGAGCUUGUCAAAGGAAACAUUAAAUCAAGCCAAUCCAAGGAUGAUUAUGAAUCACUAAAGUUAACCGAGAAGAAUCUUAUAAAUAAGGCAGACUGCAAGUUCCUUAUAUUUGCUCAUCAGCUACAAAUGAUUGAUUCGAUACACCAGUAUUUGCUUAAAAAGAAAGUUGGCUGCAUUCGCAUUGAUGGCAGUACUCCAGCAGCAUCACGUCAAGCUUUGGUUACAGAUUUUCAGGAGAAAGAAUCAAUAAAGGCUGCAGUGCUAUCUAUCAAAGCCGGAGGUGUUGGAUUGAAUUUGACAGCACCAAGCACAGUCAUAUUUGCAGAGCUAUCUUGGACUCCGGGUGACCUUAUUCAAGCAGAAGAUCGUACUCAUAGAAUUGGCCAGGUGGUUUAUGAUAUUGCUAGAUAUACAAAUCUCAGACUAACAGUUGAUGCUUUGUAACCAAUUACUAUUAUUGUUUUAAAUAUCAUUUAAUUAACCUUCUGUUCGGCACACACGUUCCACAUUACUCUUCGUUUACAGGAUGUUGUUCAAAGUAAACUGGAGAAUUUGGG